AAUUUUAUAAUAGAGAAAAUAUAUAUAUUGUGAUAAUUUUACAAAUUUCACAAUAUCAGCCAAACGAAAAACAAAAUUUUACAUUCGCAACACGUCGAGUUCAAGUUAAAGACAUGAAUAACACUAAUUCGGAAACAACUCUGAUUUGUGAGCCCGUCGAUAUGAUUAGCAAUCUGAAGAUCUUGUCGCACGGAGCCGAGGCCGAUGAACACAGCAUCAACAGCAAAUCGACUGAAUAUCACGAAGAUCGGCUCGAGCUGGUAACUCCCGAUACGAUUGGUGAUGCCGUCCACAAGAGCCAGCGGAUGGGCAGACGUUUCUCCUGGCACACCUUGGCCCACAUUAUUGUGAUGCUGCAGAAGCGUUUGGCCCACACCAAGUCGCUGGUCGAGUAUGUCGAUGUCACCAAUGAUGUGGUCUAUUGGCGAGCAUUGGCCUUGUCGCGCGGCGAGGAAAUCGAUCGUUUCAUCAAUGUCAUUGAGCUGCAGAAGAAGCGCAUCGACACCUUAGAGAAUGAUCUGGGCACACUGGUGAAUCUGGCGCAGGAAACCCAAAAGAUGCUGGCUGAUAUCAGCCCUGAGAAGCCCAGCGAUAAGCCACGGCCAGAUGACACCUUCUAGCACAACGGUGGUUCAAAACACUCGAGAACUUUUAAUAAUUGUUUUAUACUGUUAGCCCCUCAGUUAGAGCAAUGCAAUUAAAAAUUAUGA